GCAGCCAUUCCACCUGGUCGUACUGAUUUCACCAUGACUGAGAAGAGCGCAAGCUCCGAGAGGAGCGCCAAGUCCAAGGGAGAUGCAGGGAAGGAUGCGCGCGUAAAGGACUCACCUGCGGCCAAGUCUGAAACCUCUGGCAUCGGUCACUCCAGUCCCAAGAAGCGCCGCAAGGUCAAUCACGCUUGUGUCUACUGUCGCCGCUCGGUAAGCUUCACAUUCCAAACCCUGCGCUCAUUCAGAGAUAGCCCAGCUAGCUCAUCCAUGGGUGGUGGGGUUGGUUGCUAUUUUGAGGAACCCGCUUUCGCUAACUGGUCGUGUGGGACAGCAUAUGACUUGCGAUUCGGUACGACUUCCAACCCCUUCAAAUCAAUUCUAUUCCAUCCCACCCGUCUAUCCGUUGAACGACCUUGCACGCGAUGUAUAAAGCGCAAUAUUGGGCAUCUGUGCCAUGACGAGCCGCGGGAACCCACGAAGCGGCGCGAUCAAGAUCAAUCCGCCGCCGACGAAGAGGGCUCGUCCAAUAAUGAGCUCGUUAACGUUCAAGGUAUGCCUCGGAAUGUCGACGUCUCGGAUGCUGCCGGUCAGCAAAUCCUCCCCGACGGUACGAUCGGAAUCCCGCCUUCCUCGGUGCAGCCUGCAAACAUUCCCCCAUCGGGCCAGGGCCUCGAUGAGAAUUCUCAGCCGAUGAUGCCGUACAAUGACUGGAUGGGCGGGCAGAACCAGUUCCAAGACAUGCACUCGCUUCAUCCGUCGUACAUGUUUAAUGCCCAUGAAGUCACCAACGAGUACAACUUGCUGGGAGACUUCCUUAACAACAGUCUACUGGAUGAUGGAGCUAUGUUUCAAAAUCAAGACAUGCAGGGCAUUUACUCUAACCCCCUGGCGCCGCAAGGCGAUUCCAUUCAGCGCCCAACGUCAACGGUCGGAAAUGACAAGGCGCGCGAGACAUACUACAUGACUGCCGCCGACCCAUCGGGCUCAGACCCGCCAGAGGAACGUAUGAACAAGCUUCUCAAAGCCAAGUACGACGCUGGACUGUUGAAACCAUUCAACUAUGUCAAGGGUUACGCCAGGCUCAACCAGUAUAUGGAAAAGAACAUGCAACAACAGUCCCGCCAAAAGAUCCUCGGACAGCUGGGCAAAUUCCGACCCAAGUUUCGAGAGCGCAUGCAGAGUCUGACCGACAUCGAACUGAUCCUCGUGGAAAUGUGGUUCGAGCGAAGUCUCAUGGAAUACGAUCGCGUCUUCGCCAGUAUGGCCAUCCCAGCCUGCUGCUGGCGUCGAACAGGCGAAAUCUUCCGAGGCAACAACGAAAUGGCACAGCUAAUUGACGUUCCAAUCGAGAGCCUUCGCGACGGCAAACUCGCCAUCCACGAAAUCAUAGUCGAAGACCAACUCGUCAGCUACUGGGAGAAAUUCGGAGCUAUUGCCUUCGACAACACCCAGAAAGCCAUGCUUACCAGCUGUACUCUGAAGAGUCCCAAUCCCAACGCGGCAAGUGAGGGGAUCCAGUGCUGCUUCUCAUUUACGAUUCGACGAGAUAAUCACAACAUUCCAUCUCUUAUUGUGGGAAAUUUCCUCCCCACGCAGCGGAUUCACAAGUAA